CUUAAGAAAACUACAAUAUAAAAUUAAAAUUUAAAGCUACAAAAAAUUGUCAACAAGUUAAAUCACGCUCGUGUACCUAGAUUAGAUAGGAGGAGUUAGGAUUCUAACUUUUUAAAAUCCAACCAUAAAGAGUUACGAAAUUAUUCUACUUUUAUUUUAUUUUAAUUUCAUUAUAAUGCCAAAAGCUGUGGCGCCAAAAAAGAAGGCUGCAAAAGGAUACGCAUUAGCGGAGUCUUUACCAGUAGGCGAAGUCCUUCAAGAUAUUUCCAAAAAUCAAUGGAAGUUGGGGCCUGUUGUAGGCCAUGGUGGCUUUGGGGCUAUAUAUUCAGCCCGCCCAGCUGCCGAUAAUGGUACCAAGUAUCCCUACGUUGUGAAAAUAGAACCACAUUCAAAUGGACCCUUAUUUGUGGAGAUGCAUUUUUAUAUGAGAAAUGCUAAACAAGUAGAUGUGGAGGAUUUUAAGAAGAAAAUGGGGCUAAAAACCUUAGGAAUGCCAAUAUACAUAGGAUCCGGGUCACAUGAAUACCGUGGAGAUAAAUAUAGAUUCAUUGUAAUGGAGCAAUUCGGUAAGGAUUUGUGGAAGACAUUUUUGGAGAAUAAACGAGUGUUUCCAGCCUCUACAGUAUUUAAAAUAUCCCUGCAAAUGUUAGACGUUCUAGAGUACAUUCAUAGCAAAGGCUUUGUUCACGCAGAUCUCAAAGGAGCCAACAUUUUAAUGGGUGUAACUAAAGAGACUGCGAAUAAACAGAUGUACCUGAUAGAUUUCGGUCUAGCCACCAAAUACUAUGAUCAAGCCGAUUUUAAACCAAAUCCCAAGAAGGCCCAUGAUGGUACCAUAGAAUAUUUAAGCAGAGAUGCUCAUCAAGGAGUUCAGACCAGACGCGGAGAUCUAGAAAUUCUUGCCUAUAACAUCAUCCAAUGGCUGGGGUGCACUCUCCCAUGGGAAAAGAAUUUGAAAGAUCCUAACAACGUUCACAAAUCCAAAGAGGAAUAUAUGUCAGACAUUCCAAAAUUCAUGAAAACGUGCUUCACAAGUGGAUCUCCACCUGCUCCCUUAGUUACAUUUUUGAAGUAUUUGUUAACCCUAAAACACAAUUCUAGCCCAGACUAUAAAAAAAUUAGAAGUAUUUUGUCAAGCGGUCUGGAUAAGGGUGACAGCGUUGGAAAACCUUUCAACUUUUCCGUUAGUAAAGCUUCUAAUAAAACACCCUCCAAAACGCCUACUAAGAGGAAAGGCAAAGGUAUUUCUAUUGUUACUUCUAAAAGAAGAUCUGCAAGAAAUAACGCAGAUUCUACUUUAGAAGAAGAAACUGUUGAUGAAGAGGAAGAUAGUUCAGGUGAUAUCCUUGAAGAAGUUAACUCCAAGAAAACAUCUUCAAAGAAAACAUCAUCCAAAGCUGCUACUAAAAGGAAAGGCCAAGGUGUUUCUGCUGUUAGUCCGAAAAGAAGAUAUGCAAGGAAUGGUGAUGGAGAUUCUACUCUAGAUGAAGAGGAAAAUGUGGAUGAAGAAGAAGAUAGUUCAGGUGAUAUCAUUGAAGACAGCUUCAUUGAAGACAGCUUCAUUGAAGACUCCAAGAAGACAACUUCAAAGAAAUUACCAUCCAAGUCACCUACAAAAAGGAAUGACAGGGGUGUUACCUCGAGAAAAAGAUAUGAUGCAGAUUCAACGCUAGAAGCAGACUAUCAUGUUGAUGAAGAGGAAGAUAGUCAAGAUGAUUGGGCCGAAGAACUGGAUUCAUCCGUUAAUAAAGUGUCGUCAAAGAAAAGUCCUUCAAAGAAAUAUCCUAAGAAAACCGUCCCCAAGUCGCCCACAAACAAAAAGACUAACGGAAUUUCUGAGGUCUUACCGAGAAAAAGGUCUACAAGAAGCGAAGACCUAGAUUCAACUCUAGAAGAGAAAGAAAACUGGGAUGAAGACGAAAGUAGUACAGAGGACGAUGUAGAAGAAUUUAUCUCACCAAGUAAACCUAGAAGAAAAAUCACAUCACCAGUUAGUAGAAAAACAAAGCCAAUUAGAAAGAAGCCCACGACAUCUUCAUCCAAUAAGAAAACAAUAAGCAAUGGCAUACCUGGAGAAACGAACGCCAUGAGAGAAAUAAGACAGCGGAUAUUGGAAAGGGAAAACUCAAAAAAGAAAACGAAGGCACGACAGCCAACAACAAACGGAGAUACCGGCGUAUAUAACGAUGCCAUGAAAGAAGUCGCGCUAAUGACAGGUGGUCGCAGAAAAGUCAUAAACUGAGACUGAAGUUGCAUAUUUACUAACGUAGAAGCCACAGUUAGAAUGCAGUGUUGGGCUUACGAUGCGCAGCGAUGCCGCUCAUGUCGGCACAAUAGUAGGUGCUGUGUAGUUUGGCGAUAGACUGAGAAAUCACCGGCGUUGAUGCGCCGCUCGGAGCAAACCGGCAACGUAGUCGGCCGUUCUCCCGUAAGAAAUACAUUGCUCUAGGCUACCUGCACUGCAUACUAACUGUGGCUUUUAGUAUAGUAGAUCAAGUUAUUAUAUACACCUGGUAACAUUGGAUUUUUUUUGCAAAAGGGUUUUUAUUUGGUAAUUUCUCUGGUUUAAAAGUCAUUCGCCCAACGAAUGGUUUUACCUGCUUUAUAAAAAUCUUAAAAGAAUAUUUUAUUUAAAAUUUGCUAUUAAGAAAGAAAAGGUAAAAACUAAUAUAUUUUGUAAAUCAAUUGUAAACGUUUUUAAAACAAAAAGUUCAGUUUUACCAGUGGUCCUAUUGAUGUAAUCAACUUUAAGUAUUUCGUACAUAUUACAUAAUAAAAAAUAUUUUUAUACAAAGUUGCUUUAUAAGUGACUAUUUUUUACUUUUUAUGCUUAUUGAAACAGUGUUUUUUAAUUAUUACCCUUUUGUACUGUUCUAUUUUUGUUUACCAAUAUGUAUGUCCUUGUAGAAGGAUUAUUAAAUAUAUUAAAU